GUCACACUCGCGCUCUGUCCGGGGUGGGGCCGCGGCGCUUUUUGCUCAAACUUGGGAAAAGUUCGUCUGGUUUUUGUCUUUUUUUCGUUUAAUGGCGCCUUUUCCCGCGCACAGCAGCUGAAGCUAAACUCGGGUGGUCUCCUUUAGACCGGUCCUGAUCCCGGUCUUGGUCCUGAUCCCGGUCUUGGUCCUGGUCCUGAUCCCGGUCUUGGUCCCGGUCUUGGUCCUGGACUUGGAGCAUGGCGUCGGGGAAGGGGAAGGGGCAGGCGUCUCUGGCUCUGCAUAAAGUGAUCAUGGUGGGAAGUGGAGGAGUCGGAAAAUCUGCCCUGACGCUGCAGUUUAUGUACGACGAGUUCGUGGAGGACUAUGAGCCGACCAAAGCGGACAGUUACAGGAAGAAGGUGGUUCUGGACGGGGAGGAGGUCCAGAUCGACAUCCUGGACACGGCGGGUCAGGAGGACUACGCCGCCAUCAGGGACAAUUACUUCAGGAGCGGAGAAGGUUUCCUCCUCGUCUUCUCCAUCACCGAACACGAGAGCUUCACCGCCACCGCAGAGUUCAGGGAGCAGAUCCUGCGUGUGAAGGAGGAGGAGGGGGUCCCUCUGCUGGUCGUGGGGAAUAAGUGCGACCUGGAGGACCGGAGGCAGGUCUCUCUGGAGGAGGCCACGACCAGAGCCCAGGACUGGGGCGUCCCCUACGUCGAGACCUCGGCCAAGACCAGAGCCAACGUGGACAAGGUUUUCUUCGAUCUCAUGCGGGAGGUGCGUAAAAAGAAAAUGUCUGAGAGUAAAGACAAAAACGGCCCGAGCGGGAAAAAGAAGAAGAAACGCUGCUGUAUCCUGUAAAUCCACCGGGGGGCGCCACAGACCAGACUGACGCUGUGUCCUUGGGCAAGACACUUCCCCUGCGCCUGUGAAUGUGUGUGUGAGUGAAUGAAGAGUGCACCAAAUCACAACACGACUCUGAGAACGAGAACGAACCGCAGGAGGAGAACGUGUUUCUUAUUAUUCAAUAAAAGUACAAAUACUUUGAAAUACUUUGACAUACUGCGUAAAGAUUAUGAAAAACGUCCAGAAAAACUUUUGAAUAAGCUUCAUCUGUGAAAAAUAUGAAUGUGUCCCAAAUCAAACUAACGUCCAAAGAUGGAACUGAACCAGGACUAAACCUGGACUAAACCAGGACUAAACCGGGACUAAACCAGGACUAAACCAGGACUAACAAUAAAACUAAGAUUUAUUUAUGAAGUUUGGACUUUUUGACGUUUCUCCCAGAAAACUUUGCACAAAUCGGUAAAUUAUAAAAUUAUAACUUUGUACUUUUCUUAAAUCUGAGCCGAAAAGUGAAAGUGAAACUAAACGAGUGAUUAACAACAAUCCAAAUAAAAUAAUAAAACUGUGCCAAAUAAACAACUCAGACUCUGAGCCAAAGUAGAAAAUAAUCUCUGUAUUUUAAGGCAAAUUUUUUGAUGUAGAAAACAUUGAAUGAUCCUUUAGUCAAAUUUAAAUUUAGUAUUAAAAAGAUUUAGUUUGUUUUUUUCUGUCAUUAUAUUUUGACAAAUGUCAUUGACCAUUUAUGUCAUUUUUUUUCUUUUGUUUCCUCGUUUCUUUUGUUUUAAUUUGUUUGUUUUGUUUUGUUGAGUUUCUCACAGUCGAUCUUUGCAUGUUUUAUUUUCAUCUUUUGUGUUUAAAGCACUAGAGCCGUAGAGGGUUUAUGGGUGUG